AUGAUGAUCACAAACAUCGCCGAGUUGCUCAAGUUGGUGUUGAAGGAUGAACAGGAGUACCCCGUAUCGGAGCGACAUGCCUUUGUCAACGGUACAAACAACAAAUUUGUCCCUUAUGUGGAAAAGAUCCUAAGGGAUAAUAAGAGUGCAAGCGAUUCCUUGUAUGUGACUAAUGCAAAUAGGGGUCUUGAUCAAUUCACGGUGUUCAGUGAUGGUGUUACUGCCAAGGUCAAUCUCUUAGAGAGGAGUUGUACUUGUCGGGAAUUUAACUUGGUAAAAAUACUGUGUGAACAUGCGAUGGCUGCUUUGCGAGCAAAAUAUAGCGAUGGUAAAGGUUAUGGUAACUUCAUCUACGAGUACGCUUCACUAAUUUAUAAAGUUGAAAAUUACCCCAUCGCAUACUCGGAAGCUAUUAAUGUUGUCCUUUCAAAGGUCGAAUGGACUGUGCCAUAG